GUUAAACGUCAAAAUUGUCAAAUAUGUGCGACCUCGUGUGUUUGUGAUUGGACCAAUUUACAAAUAAUAUAGUUUAAUUUAUAUAUUUUACUGUAAAUGAAUAUUGAAAAGGCUUAAUACAGUCAAUCAACAACAUGGCCAACGUGAAGAUGCAAAAGAUGAUCGAUAAAUUCAGUACUCUCACUGAAAAACCAGUGAAAUAUUUAACGGUCCAAGACGAUAUUAAACAAGACAUAAGAAACUUGGUUAAAUCGCUUUACGACUUUACUAAAUCUCAGGAGCAAGGAAAUAAAUCAAAUAAGAAUCAAGCCUUAAAAAAAAUCAUCGUUAACGACUUCGAUGAAGAACAAAUAUGGCAACAAGUAGAAAUUCAAAAUACCCAAUGCUGGGACCAACUUGUAUGGGACGUUGCUAAUAGUAUGUCUAUUAAAAAUGAUUUAACGUUUCCAAUUCAGUUUCCUGAAGACUGUGCCCAGGCUGAUGACGCUGGUAGUGAGAAGUUAUCAGACAAUGAAGAUGAGCAGUUAGAACCGAAAAUUGUCAAAAAAACCAAGGUUAAGUCUAAAAGCAAAGUAAAUAAACAGAAGUUGAGUACUAAAACAUCUAUAGUUGACGAUCAGUUUUUUAAAUUACAAGAUAUGGAAAAAUUCCUAAUGAACGAAGAGAAAAUGGAGGUAAAAGGAAAAAAAGGUGACGAUGAUGAUGAUGAAGAAUCAGUUGAUAUGUUUGAUGAUGGAGAUAGUGAGGCCUUGGACAAUGAAGACGGUAAGGAGAUGAUGUAUUCAGAUUUUUUUAAUGAUGAAAAUGGUGAACAAAAUGCUGAGAGUUAUGAUGAGGACUUAGAUGAAGGUGAUGAUGAGGAGUUAGAUGAAGGUGAUGAUGAUAUGGUUAAUAAAAAAAAAGUCAGAUUUGCUGAACCAAAUUCGGAUGACAAUGAAUCAGAUGGUGAAUAUACAAAGACUCAUAAACAUAAGAAACCCAAAUUUGGUCAGCCAGACUCGGAAGAAAGUGAGUCAGACACAAAUGAAGAUAGCCAAGUAAAUGGACACAAACAUGUGGAAGAAAAAAAAUCAGAAUUUGAGCUGAGACAACAAAGAUUAAAAGAACGCAUAUCGAAAUUAGAAGAAAAAACAUUAACAGAAGCACCAUGGCAGUUAAAGGGAGAAAUAGAUGCCACAAAACGCCCACAAAAUUCUUUGCUUGAAGAAGUUCUUGAUUUUGAUCUUACAACUCGUCCCCCUCCAACAAUUACAGAACAAACUACUGUAACUCUAGAAGGGCUGAUUAAACAAAGAGUUAAAGAUAAAGCAUGGGAUGAUGUCUCUAGAAAAGAAAAACCAGUUGAUGAUCAAUUACUAUUCAAAAAGCCUGAAGUUCUUGAUCAGUCUAAGAGUAAGUUAAGCUUGGCUCAAGUUUAUGAAACAGAAUAUCUGAAACAGAAACAAGCAUUAUCCGGUGAAGUUGAGGAUGAAAAAGAACCUGAAAGUCAUACUGAGGUUCGUAAUGCUAUGAACAAAUUGUUUUCAAAGCUCGAUGCGUUAUGUCACUAUCAUUAUACUCCAAAAGCACCACAAGCUGAAGUGAAAAUUAUCAGCAAUACUCCAGCUAUUUCUAUGGAAGAGGUAGCUCCUGUAGCUGCAAGUGAGGCCGCACUAUUAGCUCCAGAAGAAGUUAAAAGAAAACAUAAAGGAGAUCUAAUGAGCAAAGAAGAACGAACACAGACAGAUAAAAAUAGGGAAAGAAGGAAAAAGAAGAAAUUGCAAAGGAAGAAGGGUCAAGUAAUGAAAGUAACUGAACACAGAAAUACUAAAAAGGGUGUCGAGUCAAAUGAGAAAUCAUUAAAGACGUCUAAAGCCUUCUUCCAGCAGUUACAUGAUGAAGCAAGUAGUUUAAUUAAAUCUAAGAAAAAUUUAAAAAAAUAAAGCAUAAUAAAUUUGAUUGUUGUUUUCCCAAAAUUUGUGAAUAUGUAUGAAACUAAACUAUUAAACUCAUGAGCAUUUAA